AGGAGAGCGGAUGGACUGUUGCUCCUCGGCAGGGAGACGCCGGAGACGACCGAUGGUCGUUGUUGGGAGUACAAACAUUUCAAAAACACGUGCAGAGGAGCCAAACAGUCUUGCAGCCAUGACUUGUAUACACCCACAACAUGGUUCUCUGCCCUACGAGAACAGCCUCGGCAGCUCAGAGCUUCAGAGCACAGAUUUCAUCUCCAAGUUAGCUGUGGAUGUGAACGGCUCUCGGGACCACCUCUCUGCUCCACCCCUGCCAAGCAUCAGCUCCCUGGUGGGCACCCACAUGGGAGACCUUGACGCGUAUUCUUGUCAGUUUACUACCGCUCCGGUCCACGUCACUCCUCCGUCAGGCCAGGAGACCCCCUUCAAGCUGGACGACCUCCAAGUGUAUGGCUGCUACCCUGGAUCGUUCAUGCUGACUUACCCAGAGGAAGAUGUGUCCCCCAGUGGCUCUGACUAUUUUGGCAGCCCGGCGCCGGCCUCGUCACCGUCUACCCCCGGGUUCCAGAGUCAGCCUGCGUCCACUUGGGAUUCAGCCUUUGGGCCCUACUCGCCCAGUCCGGGAUUCUGGGCCGCCGAGGAGACCUCAGUGGCACAUGCACCGUCUUUCUUCACAUUUGGCUCAGGGUCUGUAGAGGACCUGUCUCAUUUGGGUCAGGCGCACAUGCAUGAACAGCAGGAUCCUUUCUCUUUGAUCCAGCCCCACCCGUCUGCAAUGACCUUCCCUGCCUUGGCCAUGGAGCAAGCACGUAGCCUUGAUGGCACUGAGCAGCUGGAUGAAAGCAUAUCGCCAAAGUUAAAAAGUUCCAGUGGGAAUGAUGGCUGCUGCGCUGUGUGUGGGGACAAUGCCUCCUGUCAGCACUAUGGAGUUCGCACCUGUGAGGGAUGCAAAGGGUUUUUUAAGCGUACAGUACAAAAAAAUUCCAAGUACGUUUGCCUUGCCAACAAAGACUGUCCUGUGGACAAGAGGAGGCGGAAUCGAUGCCAGUUCUGCCGUUUCCAGAAGUGUCUCACUGUGGGCAUGGUCAGAGAGGUCGUGCGAACGGACAGCCUGAAAGGCCGAAGAGGUCGCCUUCCUUCAAAACCUAAAGUGGUUCAGGAUGUGACGACCACCGUGUCUCCAGUGAGCAUGAUCGCUUCACUUGUAAGGGCCCACAUCGAGUCAAACCCUGGCGUGGGAAAUCUGGAUUAUUCCAAGUAUGCAGAGACAGAAGUCAGCUCCAGCCAGAAAGUGGACGCCAGUGACAUCAAGCAGUUUUACGACUUGCUCACAGCCACCUUGGAGGUUAUCAAGAAAUGGGCAAAAAGCAUCCCGGGGUUCUCCGACUUCUGCUUGGAGGAUCAGGAACUGCUGUUGGAGUCUGCGUUUGUUGAACUCUUCAUCCUGCGGCUUGCAUAUCGGUCCAAUCCUAAAGUGGACAAGCUGAUCUUCUGCAGUGGAGUGGUCCUUCAUAAAAUGCAGUGUGUCAGAGGUUUUGGGGACUGGAUUGACUCCAUAUUGGAGUUUUCCCAAAGUCUCCAUCGCAUGAAGCUGGACGUCUCUUCCUUCUCUUGUCUCACGGCGCUUGUCAUAAUCACUGACAGACAUGGUCUUAAGGAGCCAAAACGUGUGGAAGACUUGCAGAACCAGCUCAUCACCUGCCUCAAAGAUCAUGUCUCCGGCUGCGGCUCCGACUCCUUGCGGCCGAAUUAUCUGUCCAGACUUCUGGGGAAGCUGCCCGAGCUCCGGACUCUGUGCACUCAGGGCCUCCAGCGCAUCUUCUACCUUAAACUAGAAGAUCUGGUUCCUCCUCCGCCGAUCGUGGAGAAAAUAUUCAUGGAUACGCUUCCAUUUUGAGCGUGAGAUAGGAGACGGAUUGGCAGUGAAGUCAAUCUGGGAGUUCAUUCGAGAGCCGAAGACUGAGUGCUGAGACUCUAUGCAGUAAAGUGAAGCUGCAAAACACUGGGCAGAAGAAAGCUGAGGUAUUGUGUAAUCUCACAGGAAAACUGUAGUUUUAAAAGCAGUAUGUAUGUGGGGUCAUUACAAAAUUACGCUUCCUCGUUUUUCCAGGAAGUUGUGCUGCCUCCAGUGUGAAUGAGAAAGGCUAGACCAAAACUAGACCAAAACGCAGCUGUUUACACAUAACAGGCUGCUGUGGAUGGAAACAUUUUCGACAGUGGGGGAAGAUUACUGCACUUUCUAAACUCUUACAAAGUGAAUGCAAACUAUAUAUGUGCCGUUAUUUGAACGAUUUAAACAUUAAGCAUUAUUGUGAUGUUUUUAGCAUGAGUACUGAAAUUUGAUAUUUUACUGUUUUGUUCGAUUGACUUGAGGUGCUGUACGGACAGAAGAGCACAUUAUUAUUUCACGCAACCACUUUGUUAUUCAGUUCUCAUACGUUGACAUUUGAAGUUUGUAAGCGCUCCCCAGGGUGUGUCAUGAGUAACACCGCCAUGUAAUGGUGAUCAUAAAGUAGGUUAAACCUACCGAAACAUAGUUCCUUAGUAUCAUUCAUGUAUCAUGAAUCGAUGUUGAACAGUCCAUAUACUGUGUAUUUGUCCAGUACAGUCUUACACACUGGCCGUGUUUGUAAAUGAGUGUUUGAAACCCGCCACAUGAACUGUAUUCUACAGUUUGUUUUUACGUACUAAAAACAUAUUUUAUACAGAUAAAAAAAAUUAAAUAAAAUGUAUAACUGUACUUUUA